AUGUUGUAUGUUACAGUCAGUCAAGGAGUUUCCUUUGGAGGAGGCCUAGCUAUUCAGAGAAUCCGUCUUCUGGAUGAACUGGAAAAUGGAUAUGCUACUGGAAUCCUUGAUAACGACUUGAUUGAAUAUUACCAGUUAUUGGCCGAAAAAGGAGACGUACAGGCUCAAGUGGGGUUAGGUCAACUGCAUUACCAAGGAGGCAAAGGUGUUGAGUUAGAUUAUCAGAAGGCAUUGCAUUAUUUCACGGAAGCAGCAAAUGCAGGAAAUGCAAUGGCAAUGGCGUAUCUGGGGAAGAUCUAUUUGGACGGCAGCGAUGAAAUACCGUCGAACAAUGACACAGCCUUCAAGUACUUCAAGAAGUCAUCGGAGCUGAAUAACCCUGUCGGAUUGAGCGGUUUGGGUCUGAUGUAUCUAUAUGGCAGAGGUGUCGAAAAGGAUUAUUCGAAGGCUUAUCAGUUUUUCUUGCAAGCUGCUGACCAGGGAUGGGUGGACGGGCAAUUGCAACUGGGAAAUAUGUAUUUCAGUGGUUUGGGUGUUAAGAAGGAUUUCAAGAUGGCUAACAAGUACUUUUCAUUGGCAUCCCAAUCGGGCCAUGUGUUGGCCUACUAUAACUUGGGACAAAUGCAUUCACAAGGUACAGGGAUGCUGAGAUCUUGUCCCACGGCAGUAGAGCUGUUCAAAAAUGUCGCAGAAAGAGGUAGAUGGGGCGAAAUAUUGAUGCAGGAAAAAGUAUUCACCAAUAAUCCUAUAUGCUAUUUACGAUUGAGGAAUGCAUUGGGGAAUGGAGGGGAAUCUUGGGCAGAUAAUCAGUUGUAA